AUAAGAACACUGCAAGUGUAUUUGAAAUCAUAUUAUGAGUUGACAGUCACUCUUUUUACCUACAGACCUAUUAAAAUUCAGAGCUUAGCCAUGCCGAAUAAGACAUCAAUUAGAGAAUUCAUUCUUCUGGGCCUGACUGAUGAUCCAGAGUUACAAGUUGUGAUAUUCUCCUUUAUGUUGAUCACAUACUUACUGAGUGUAAGUGGAAACAUGACCAUCAUUAUGUUAACACUGUCAAAUGUUCAUUUGAAAACUCCCAUGUAUUUCUUCCUUAGGAAUUUCUCUUUCUUAGAAAUUUCAUUUACAACAGUUUGCAUUCCUAGAUUUCUGAUCAGCAUUGCUACAGGAGACACAACCAUUUCCUAUAAUGCUUGCAUGGCACAAGUAUUUUUUUUAAUCCUUCUGGGAUCAACAGAAUUCUUUCUUCUGGCCGUCAUGUCCUAUGAUCGUUAUGUGGCUAUCUGCAAACCUCUACAUUAUACAAAAGUCAUGAGUAGCAAAGUCUGCAACCAGCUUGUUACCAGCUCCUGGCUGGCUGGUUUUCUCAUUAUUUUUCCCCCAGUGAUUAUGGGCCUCCAACUGGAUUUCUGUGACUCCAACAUUAUUGACCAUUUCACCUGUGACUCUUCUCCUAUGCUGCUAAUUGCCUGCACAGAUACAGAGUUUCUGGAGCUUAUGGCAUUUUUCUUAGCAGUAUUCACACUCAUGGUAACUUUGGCCUUGGUGAUUCUUUCCUACACACUCAUCCUUAGAACAAUUCUGAAGAUCCCAUCUGCCCAACAACGGAAAAAAGCCUUUUCCACCUGUUCCUCCCAUAUGAUCGUGGUUUCCAUUUCUUAUGGGAGUUGCAUUUUUAUGUAUGUAAAAACAUCUGCAAAAGAAGGUGUGGCUCUGAGCAAAGGUGUAGCAGUACUUAAUACCUCUGUUGCUCCCAUGCUGAAUCCCUUUAUUUACACAUUAAGGAACCAGCAGGUAAAACAGGCCCUGAAGGAAUGCACCAAAAAAAUGUUAUCAUCAAACAAGCACUAAUGAUAGUGAAAUCUGUAGCUGAAGUCACAAA